GGCGUGUGUGUUUCUCUACAUCUGAAAAACUCAUUUUCGUCCUGUUUCUACUCUCUUCCAAUACAAUAAAACGUGGUCAAAAGGGCCUACACUACCAAUUAAAUGUCGGCGUCGCAGAGGAUUAUUCUUUGCCCUCUCUCUCUUCCUCUCCGUUUUCGGCGUUCUUCUCCAUCGACGGCCUUCAAGCUCAGAAGCUUCCUCUUCCUUCGCUCUUCCCCUUCCUUCGUAACCCUAGUUCGCUCCCUUUCUUUCUCCUCCGCUAUUUCGACUUCUCUUUCUCCUUCCGCCAUGUCUUGCAAUCAGGGAAAGGGUGCUCGCAAGGAACAAAAAUGGAAAGAAGAGCCAAAACCCAACAGGAUAUCUACUGAUAUGGAGGGUUCAUCUGUUUCUGUCGUUGAAGAUAUCACUAAGAGACUUGAUGGGUUGAGUUUCAGUGAAAAACACGGCCCGGCCAAUGCGUCUGUUCAACCGAUUCUGUUUGGUAGUGUUCAAUUGCCAAAUCAGGUCCCCAUUCAAGGUCAAAAUGCAAUCUGGAAGCCCAAUUCUUACGGGACAAUGAGCGGAGCCACUGCGGUUCAAGUUGAAGAAACAUCUGUUGAUAAAAGUGCACAUCUCAACCAGGGCACUGGAGUAGGACAAGCGUCAACAUCUCAGAAGAGUCGUUUUGGUUUGAGCAAGCUAUUCAAGGGUAAUUUAUUGGAAAGUUUUACCGUGGACAAUUCUACGUUUGCACAAGCACAAAUAAGAGCUACUUUCUAUCCCAAAUUUGAAAAUGAGAAGUCAGAUCAGGAGGUUCGGACAAGGAUGAUAGAGAUGGUAUCUAAAGGCUUAGCUACCUUGGAGGUUUCACUUAAACACUCUGGGUCUCUUUUUAUGUAUGCUGGUAAUGAGGGUGGAGCAUAUGCGAAAAACAGCUUCGGGAAUACAUAUACUGCUGUGGGUGUAUUUGUUCUUGGUCGGAUAUUUCGAGAGGCAUGGGGAGCUGAAGCAGCUAAGAAGCAAGAAGAGUUUAAUGAAUUUCUUGAGAGGAACCGUAUAUGCAUAUCAAUGGAACUGGUUACUGCUGUUCUAGGAGAUCAUGGACAGCGCCCUCGAGAAGAUUAUGUGGUAGUGACGGCUGUGACAGAAUUGGGCAAUGGGAAGCCGAAGUUUUACUCUACUCCUGAUAUAAUUGCUUUUUGUAGAAAAUGGCACCUGCCAACAAAUCACAUCUGGUUGUUCUCCACAAGGAAAUCAGUCACGUCAUUUUUUGCUGCCUUUGAUGCCCUGUGUGAAGAAGGAACUGCAACACCUGUAUGCAAGGCUCUUGAUGAAGUUGCAGAUAUAUCUGUGGCUGGUUCAAAAGAUCAUAUCAAGGUGCAGGGAGAAAUAUUAGAGGGUCUUGUGGCUCGUAUUGUAAGUCAUGAGAGCUCAAAACAUAUGGAGAAAGUUUUGGAGGAUUUUCCUCCUCCGCCAGUUGAAGGAGCUAGCCUUGAUUUGGGGCCAAGCCUAAGGGAUAUUUGUGCUGCAAAUCGGUCUGAUGAAAAGCAGCAAAUAAAGGCGCUGCUUCAGAGCACUGGGAACUCCUUUUGCCCUGACCAUUCAGAAUGGCUUGGAAUUGAGGCUGGCGAUGACCAUUCUAGAAAUGCUGACGGAUCUGUUCUUUCAAAGUUCUUACAAUGCCAUCCUGCUGAUUUCUCAACCACCAAAUUGCAGGAAAUGAUUCGCUUGAUGAGGGAAAGACGUUUCCCUGCUGCCUUUAAAUGUUACCAUAACUUCCACAAAUUCGAUUCUGUAUCAAGCGGCAACCUUUUCUAUAAGAUGGUCAUUCAUAUCCACAGUGACUCUGUGUUUCGACGGUACCAGAAAGAGAUGAGGCACAAACCAGAACUAUGGCCAUUAUAUCGAGGUUUUUUCGUUGAUAUCAAUUUGUUCAAGGUAAACAAGGAGAAGGCUGCUGAACUUGCAAAAAACAUCCGCAGCAGUGUAGAAAAUGGUAGCAGCGCUGCAUCAGAAAAAGGUGAAUUAGCUGAUGAGGAUGCAAACUUAAUGAUAAAAUUGAAAUUUCUUACAUACAAGUUGCGGACCUUUUUGAUUCGCAAUGGUUUGUCAAUUCUUUUUAAAGAAGGUCCAGCUGCUUACAAGGCUUAUUACUUAAGGCAAAUGAAAUCAUGGGGCACAUCUGCAGGAAAGCAGAGGGAACUCAGUAAGAUGCUUGAUGAAUGGGCUGUUUAUAUACGAAGGAAGUAUGGAAAUAAACAGCUGUCAUCAUCAACAUACCUUAGUGAGGCUGAGCCUUUCCUUGAACAAUAUGCAAAGCGAAGUCCCCAGAACCAGGUUCUGAUAGGAUCUGCUGGUAGCUUUGUAAGAGCUGAAGAUUUCUUGGCCAUUAUUGAGGGUGGUAGGGAUGAAGAGGGUGAUCUUGCAACAGAGCGGGAGGUAACUCCACCGAGCCCUGGUCCCUCUGUCAAGGACUCUGUUCCAAGAGAUGAGGGUUUGAUUGUAUUCUUUCCAGGUAUACCUGGGUGUGCUAAGUCUGCACUUUGCAAGGAACUACUAAAUGCCCCAGGAGGACUUGGUGAUGAUCGGCCAGUUCAAAGUCUGAUGGGUGACCUUAUCAAAGGAAGAUAUUGGCAAAAGGUUGCUGAUGAGCGCAGGAGAAAGCCAUACUCAAUAAUGCUUGCGGACAAGAAUGCACCAAAUGAAGAAGUGUGGAGACAGAUUGAACACAUGUGUCACAGCACCAGGGCAUCUGCAGUUCCAGUUGUACCUGAUUCUGAAGGAACUGAUUCAAAUCCGUUCUCUCUAGACGCAUUAGCUGUUUUUAUGUAUCGAGUGCUGCAACGUGUAAAUCAUCCGGGAAGUCUUGACAAGGCAUCUCCAAAUGCUGGUUAUGUGCUGCUUAUGUUUUAUCACCUUUAUGAGGGCAAGAGCCGAAAAGAGUUUGAUAGUGAAUUAGUUGAGAGAUUUGGCUCACUCAUCAAGAUGCCGCUGCUGAAAUCUGAUAGGAGUCCUCUACCUGAUCCUGUUAAGUCUGUCCUAGAGGAAGGGAUAAAUCUAUACAAUCUUCACAGAGAUAGACAUGGGAGAUUGGAGUCCACAAAGGGUACUUACGCAAAAGAAUGGGCUAAAUGGGAAAAACAAUUGCGGGAGGUUCUAUUGGCAAAUGCUGAAUACCUUAAUUCUGUUCAGGUUCCGUUUGAGUUUGCUGUUAAGGAAGUGUUGGAACAACUGAGAAAGAUAGCAAAAGGUGAAUACAAAACACCAGUUUCUGGUAAAAGGGCGUUUGGAACCAUUGCUUAUGCGGCUGUCAGUCUGCCUGCUACGGAAAUCAAAAGUCGUUUUGAUGAGUUGGUGAGGAAGAAUCCAGGGGCAGAAGUAGUUCUUGGAGACAGGCAUUUAAAGAACCUCACAAAGGCUCAUGUUACUCUUGCACACAAGAGAAGUCAUGGAGUAACUGCCGUUGCCAACUAUGGCGUCUUCCUUCAUAAGGAAGUCCCGGUGGAAUUAACUGCAUUGCUUUACACGGACAAAAUGGCUGCAUUUGAAGCUGAACUUGGGUCUGUUGACGGCGAACUGGUAGUCUCAAAAAACGAGUGGCCUCAUGUUACCAUAUGGACUGCAGAGGGUGUUGCAGCCAAGGAGGCCAACAGGUUACCAGAAUUGCUCGCCGAAGAGAAAGCUUCCUGUAUCCAUAUCAACCCACCUAUCGCCAUCUCAGGCACACUGGAAUUUUUUUGAGACUUGAUUCCGUCUUCUCUCUUAGAGUUUACUAUGCAUUUGAAGUUCGAAUAUGAUGUAUAUCUGGAUUAGAGAAGUUCUCCCCUGAUGAGUUUUUCUGUCGGUAUGUUGCAAGACGAAAGCUAACACGAGGGAAAUAUUUUGUUUUACAAGGGGGAAGAAUUUUGAUACGAGUGAACUUUUUUGUAUGGAUAAAUUUUUGUAUAUGUCUAUAGGCAAUUAAAUGAACAUCUUUCUAUU